ACGUGUCUAAACUCCAAGAAGAAGAAGAAGAAGUGAAAAAAAAAACAAAGAUCUGAAGAAGAAAAAGAAAAACGAAUUGGAAGAGAGAGCUUGUUGGAGAUGGGAAUAAGGUUCAUAUUGAUGGUGAACAAGCAAGGCCAGACUCGUCUUGCUCAGUACUACGAAUGGCUCACUCUCGAGGAACGUCGCGCUCUCGAAGGCGAAAUCGUCCGUAAAUGCCUCGCUCGCAACGACCAGCAGUGUUCGUUUGUUGAACAUCGCAACUACAAGAUUGUCUACAGGCGUUACGCAUCUCUCUUCUUCAUGGUUGGGGUUGAUGACGACGAAAACGAGCUAGCGAUUCUAGAGUUCAUACAUCUUCUGGUCGAGACAAUGGACAAGCAUUUUGGAAAUGUGUGUGAGCUAGACAUAAUGUUCCAUUUGGAGAAAGCUCAUUUCAUGCUAGAAGAAAUGGUGAUGAAUGGUUGCAUUGUGGAGACAAGCAAAGCCAACAUACUUUCACCUAUACAACUUAUGGACAAAGCCCAUUAAAAUGCAAAUCACCUCGUUUCUAUUUCCGUUUCAUCACUCUGUUACACACGACUUCUUGUAUUAUUAUUAAAGAUGCUUCAAAGAGGAUAAUAUAGUUUUGUUUAAAGAAAACAAAAUCAAAAAGUACCAAUUGGGAGUACAAUUCUCAAGAACCCGAUUAUAAUAAGGAUAGUUACAUACGUACAAAGGUUUGUUUGUCGA